UCAAGCGAUUCCUACCCACGCUCCCGUCAGUGCGUUUCACUCACAGGAAAAACUUUAAUAUCCGGUGCUACAACUUCCGAGUGUAGAGAGUCCAGUCUUGCACCAAGAGACACUACAUCUGUGAGGAACCGUUGUCUUUAUUAUACGUCACACAUUCUGUAUUCUCACUGAUUAACUGAGGAUGGAUACGGACAGGAGUCAGAAGACUGAGAUGAUAAUAAAUAUCACCCUGGAGAUCAUCUACCUGCUGACUGGAGAGGGUUACACGGUAGUGAGGAAGACAUCCGGUAAGUUCGAGACACCCAGCAGCUGUCCCCGUGUGUCAGGAAGACUGAGCAGAACCCAGAGCCCCAUCACGGUGCCUCCACCUCACUCACUGAUACAUGAGAGACACAAUAACCAGAAGAUCCUAGAACUCACCAACAAGAUCAUUCAGCUGCUGACUGGAGAGGAGCGGGAGUAUAUAGAGGAACACAGGGGUCUGUACAAGGACGUGAUGAUGGAGAAUCACCGGCCCCUCACAUCACUGGAUGUGCCCAGUAAUAGAGAUACCCCAGAGAGAUGUCCCCGUCCUCUGUAUUCCCAGGACUGUACAGAGGAGAAUCACAGGACCCCACAGGAGGAUCAGGGUGAAGAUAGGAGUAAUGUGACUGAUAUGAAGGUAGAAGAUAUAGAGGGAGAAGAUGAGACAUAUGUGACUGAUAUAAAGGCAGAAGAUAUAGAGGGAGAAGAAGAGACGUAUGUGACUGAUAUAAAGGCAGAAGAUAUAGAGGGAGAAGAAGAGACGUAUGCGACUGAUAUGAAGGCAGAAGAUACAGAGGGAGAAGAGACGUAUGUGACUGAUAUGAAGGCAGAAGAUACAGAGGGAGAAGAGACGUAUGUGACUGAUAUGAAGGCAGAAGAUAAAGAGGGAGAAGAAGAGACGUAUGUGACUGAUAUGAAGGCAGAAGAUAUAGAGGGAGAAGAAGAGACGUAUGUGACUGAUAUGAAGGCAGAAGAUAUAGAGGGAGAAGAAGAGACGUAUGUGACUGAUAUAAAGGCAGAAGAUAUAGAGGGAGAAGAAGAGACGUAUGCGACUGAUAUGAAGGCAGAAGAUAUAGAGGGAGAAGAAGAGACGUAUGUGACUGAUAUGAAGGCAGAAGAUACAGAGGGAGAAGAAGAGACCUAUGUGACUGAUAUAAAGGCAGAAGAUAUAGAGGAAGAAGAAGAGACGUAUGUGACUGAUAUGAAGGCAGAAGAUACAGAGGUAGAAGAAGAGACGUAUGUGAGGGGUGAUCUGCAGUGUAAGGAGGAGGAAAUCCCUACAGAUAUCAGCACAGAUGAAUGUAACAGAAGGAAUAUCUCGGAAGAAAAUCUAAUUUCAUCUUCAGGUUGUAAAACAGAAGAUGAUGACAUCACACAAGAUUCUCCUGGACAAAACACUACUGCCCUACUUGUACCACCUGUACCUCACAAUGUGCUUGUGUCAUCUGGUCCCUCUAAUCAGAGGGGAUGUUCUGAUAACACUGAUAUUGGGUCAUCUUCUACAGCACUGACAGUAGAUAAAAUAUUUCCCUGUUCUAUAGAUGACAGAUGUUUUACACAGACCGCACAGCUUAUAACCAAUCAUCCAGCUAAGGGAGGUGAGAAACCAUUUCCAUGUUCUGAGUGUGGGAAAUGUUUUACCGAUAAAUCAAAUCUUGUUACACAUCAGAGAAGUCACACAGGUGACAAGCCAUUUCCAUGUUCUGAGUGUGGGAAAAGUUUUACAUACAACUCACGUCUUGUUACACAUCAGAGAAGUCACACAGGUGAGAGGCCAUUUCCAUGUUCUGAGUGUGGGAAAUGUUUUACACAUAAAUCAAAUCUUGUUCUACAUGAGAGAAUACAUACAGGUGAGAAGCCAUUUCCAUGCUCAGUGUGGGAAAUGUUUUACUGAUAAAUCAAAUCUUGUUAAACAUCAGAGAAGUCACACAGGUGAAAAGCCAUUUCCAUGUUCUGAGUGUGGGAAACGUUUUACACACAAGUCACGUCUUGUUAGACAUCAGAGAAGACACACAGGUGAGAAACCAUUUCCAUGUUCUGUGUGUGGGAAUUGUUUUAGAGAUAAAUCAUCUGUUGUUAGACAUCAGAAACUUCACACACAUGAGAAUGUGUAACAUAACAGUAAUCGAAUCUUGAUAAAACUAUACUUUAUUAACACUAGUAAAAAAUUGGUAUAUAUGCAGAUGGAAAGUUAUUUAUCUUACAAAUAAAUCUAAUUUCUCACAUAUUUUUUU